AUGACAAACGGUGAUGCGUCAAAUUUACCCACACGGUUUCAACGUCAGGUAAUAACCGUCGCGCCACCAAAUUCGGUGAUCGUACAAUCAGAGAAGAAGCAAGCAUUCAGUUAUGACUACGUGUUUGGCCCAGAGUCUUCGCAACAAGAAGUUUACGAGAAAGCUAUUGUAAAGUUGGUCGACAAAUUUCUGGAAGGUUACAACGUAACGGUCUUGGCCUACGGACAAACGUCUUCAGGGAAAACCCACACAAUGGGUACGGCCGACAAUUCAUCGGUGCCAUUCGAAUCCAAAGGAAUAAUUCCUCGAGCAAUGACCACCCUCUUCGAUCAAACCAACGGGCCAAAGUAUCGAUCAAACAAAUUUUCGAUAAAAGUAUCGUUCAUUGAGAUAUACAAUGAAGAAUUGAUCGAUCUGCUCGGUGACGGUGAUACGCGAUCGCAGGUUACCAUAAGGGAGGAUUCGAAAGGGAACAUCAUAUGGAACGGCCUGCAGGAGAUUAAAGUUAACGGAGUUGAAGAAUUAAUGGGUCAUUUGUCCAGAGGUUCCCUAAAUCGACAAGUGGGCGCCACACAGAUGAACGCGCAAUCAUCAAGGUCUCAUGCAAUAUUUAGCGUGACAAUGACGCAUCAGAAAUACGUCGCACCCUCAAACCCAACCACAGGUGCGGGAACGCCAUCACCGCCUCCAUCCAAAAUGAUUCGACCUGUUUCGAGCAUGAAUCGACUGAACAAGCAAUUUGAUGAGGGUGCUGGUGAACUUGUUACGGUUACAAGCAAAUACCAUUUCGUGGACUUGGCGGGCAGCGAGAGGGAAGGAAUAUCGAUCAACUCCGGUCUCUUGGCCCUCGGAAAUGUAAUUUCCGCGUUAGGUGAUCCGAACAAAGCGAAACACACGACGCACAUACCAUAUCGUGACUCGAAGCUCACCCGACUAUUGCAAGACUCCUUGGGCGGAAAUGCGCAGACGUUAAUGAUUGCGUGCGUAUCACCCGCCGAGUUCAACUUGAACGAAACGGUAAACACACUAAAGUACGCUAAUAGAGCGAGGAACAUUAAAAAUAAUGCUAGCGUGAAUCAGGAAGAGGCUGGGUGGCAUGACCUGGAGCACGUGCAAUCACUGGUCGUAAAAUUGAGAAAUGAAAUCAAGCUAUUGAAGAGCGGCGGCGCCUUGGGGUUAACGGCGUCCAAUGGGUCGACAAGCUGUAGGAAUAGUAUGUGCGAAUCGAGUAGUUCAGGAAGAAGCACCCCUACACAGCUGACGAACAGUAGCUCCAUCGAGCAUUCAUCACCAUUGCUCGCUCCCACCAAUGCCAAUGGUACCACACCUCAUAGUCUACUGAAAAAACCUUCCAUUCACCUGUCGGCAACGAUGGAUCAUGGAGAUGAAAACGAUCCCGACCAACAAUUGGAUCAACUGGUGACGAUGCCUCACUUAGAAUCACAGUCAAAGACUUCGAAAAGUUCCACGUCACAACAAGAGGAACCAACAAUCGUGAUCCAGCCGCCGAGCUUUGAGAAAGUCGUGGAGCCGGUCAUAGAGGAGUAUGAGAAGUCCAUAUCAGUGCUCGAAAGUCAACUCGCCCUGAAUCGAGCUGCCUUGGCUCAUGCGGAUUCAAUAAUGUCUAAUCAAGAGUCGAGGCUCGAGUACGCGGAGCAACUCAACUCUGACAACCUGAGACUGAUCGAUGAACUAAAAAUGAAGAUCACCGAACUCUCGGACAAAGACAUGAUGUUUGUGCAGCACAUCAAGGUGCUCGAAUCAAAGCUCGAGGCAUACGAAGAGGAGCAAAAAAGGGAUCAAGAAAUUAUAAAGGAACUACGAGAAUGCGUUGAACAGUUAAAGGAGGAAGAGAAGGGGUUGAGAUCCAGCGAAGAGCAUCAUCGAAGGCAAGAGGAAGUCAAAGAUGAUAGAAUAAAGACAUUGGAGAAUCAGUUGGAUGAAAGUGAUCGACGGAUAGUGGAGUUCAGUAGAAGGAUUGAGAAGCUGGAGAUUAGGCUGAAAGAACGAAGCGACUUGUUCCUCGAACUGGAAGCGAAAUUGACAGGCGGAGAUGGUAUUGACGGUGAGAAGGAGAAGAAAUUUUUGUUGGGUGAAAUAUUAGAACGCGAAAACAGAAUUGCCUUGCUCGAAGAGAAUGUCAAUGAGUUGACCCUUGGACUUGAUGAACUCAAGAGAUCGAAGAUGCACGAGGAUGAAUUGUUGAGGAUGAAGGAUGACGGGAAGGGAGGAGUCACAGAAGAUUUGCAAAAAAAAUUGUCCGAACUUCAACAGACUCACGAAAAAACGGUUGCCGAAUAUUCCCAAAUCAAAACCAAAUAUCAGGAAUGUCUCUCGGAGCUGCAAGACAUAAAAACGCAACUGUCUCAAUCUAAGCUAAACGAGGCAAGGUUGAUGAUGAAUAACCACUACAACGACCCUCCGGACGAUUCACCGUCAACUCCUAUAACGCCUGUUUCUCCCUCGAGCACGUUGAUAAACUCAACGCCACGAUUCUCGUCCUCUGCCGCGACAAUAAUUUCCGCCAGGUCUUCACUACCGGAAUUCGAUGAAAUCACCAAAGAUGGAAACGAAUAUAGUUUGCUUAGACAAAAGAUCCAUCGGAAGACCCAGUCGCUCUCUGGUGAACUGAAAAGACGAGGAAGCGAAUGCGCCAAAGUGGAGGAAGAGGAUGUUCACUACAGUGACAUAUUGGACUCAACACAAAGAUCGGUUGAAACACUAGAGAUGAAGCUCGCAGCGUUGCAACAGGAACUUUCUGGUCGUAACGAAUUGUCUAGCAACUCCAGCACAUCUGAUACCAGCAGCGAUGGAGUCUCGGACAUAGAGAAUGGUCAAAAUGAUCAGGAUAAUGACACCACAAACGAUAAGGAAUCAUUGAGGCAAGAAUUGAAGAUUCAACUGGAACUUUUGAAGGAUCUUAAGCUCAAAUAUGAACGAUACGAGUUAUUGAUGAAAGAUCUUACUGAUCAAGAAAAUUUACGGAAGAAAAUCGAGGAAAAAGAGGCGGAGGCGGAAGUAUACAAGAAACAACUUGUUGAAAUUAAAAAUCAGCGAGAUGAAAUGCAAGCGCAGAUCGAUGAUCUACAAGCUCAACUGACGAGCAAAUCUAAUUCCGAGGCGGAUCUGCAGUCACAGGAGUUAAAGGAUACUAGAAUGGAAUUGGAAAGAAUUAAACGUCACGAACAAUCCGGAUUGGAAAAAAUACAAACACUCGCUGAAAGAGAAGCGGAACUAAUGCAAGAAUUGGAAAGAUCAAGGGCAGUUGAAUCAGAAUAUAAAGAAAAAAUUCAUUCAUUAGAGUCAAAAAUACUCGCGCAAAGUGACACGAGCGCAGAUGGUAAUGUGCAACCGCAAGAAGAUUUGACUAGCCUGAGGCGCGAAUUGGCACUGGCGAAAGAGUCUUCGGAUACUUACAAGCACAAGAUUGGUGAUCUUGAAAUGAAAUUAGAAAAGUCAAAUUUGGAAUAUCAAUCGCUGAGGAAUAAGGUAAACCUGUUGAAAUCGAGGGUGAAGUGCCAAAGAUCGGAGAUGGAAUUUCAAGAAUUUAAACAUGCCGAGACCCAGCAACAGAUUUUUAUUAACAAAGAAUUGGAAUGCCUGCGAUCACUGGACAACUAUAUACAGCAACAGCACGAAAGCAAGAUUUCAGAUCUUGAAGAGGAAGUGCGAUCCCUUCAGAAACAGAAGGCCGAUGCCGAUAUCAAUUUCACCACCUUGACCUACAAGCUCAACAACGAGAUCAAAGAGUUGGAGUCAAAAAUUUCGGAAUCGCAAAAAGAAUCUGAUCGUCUGAAAUCCGAGAUCAAACUUUUACACGACUUGGAACUAGAUCAAAAGGCAAUAAUAAAACAAUUGCAAUCAAAACUUAACGAAUCCACAAAUUCCAACCACAUCCUUGAAAUUGAAUUGUCAGGUUUGAGAAAAUCCGCGGAAGAGCAAAAGGAAUAUGUGGAACUCUUGAAAGAGGAAUUAAGAAGUGUUAGAUCUAACGGAAACACUGAGGGUCUCACCAAUCUACUGUCAAACACCAUGAGGGAACGAGACGAAGACCGACAAAAAAUUCAAGAUUUAAGUCUCGAGCUCUUAUCAAUUAGGGAAAAAAUGCGGAAUGCCGAGUUUGUAAAAAACACCGAGGCAAAUUUGGAAAACAAUGACCUCAAGAAAAAAUGUGCACAACUGGAAGGAUUGGUGGAGGAGGCUAAGAAGGAAUUUUUGGAAAUUAGUAAUAGAAAUUCCGAGAGUGUCAGGAUGGCAGAACAACUUUCGAUUCAACUUGAAAAGGUACAAAGUGAAGCAGAAUCGAAUUACAAACGAGUUGAGUCAUUGGAAGAAAUCAAUCAGCAACUAAGAUCAGAAAAAGAAUUGCAGUUGGCUGCAAACGAAGAGUUUUCAAAUCAAAUCAAAUCUCUUAAAGCCGAUCUUGAAAAUUUAACGUUGGAGUAUACCGAGACCGCGAAAAAAUAUGAAGCAGCAGAUCUGAUCACGAGUGAACAACAACUGCGUAUCAACGAAUUGGAACGCGAUUUAGAGGAGACCAAUGGCCUAAACGAGACGAUUUCUGCAUUGAGCGAUGAAUUGACUACGGUAAAUUCCAAAUUGGAAGGUUUAAAGGCUGCCAACAAAAAUUUGCAACAAAUUAAUGAAGAUUUAAAGGCCAAAGUCAAUGUUGCUGAAGAAAAAUCGGAUUCGUUGAGUCAGGAGAUUGAGAAAUUAAAGAGUGAACUUGACAAUCUGCAAGUUGCCAAUGAUUCUUCAAUAGAAGAAUUGAAAGGAAAAAUAACUGUUCUCGAGUCUGAAAAGGUAGAUCUCAUUGAGGAGAAAAAGAAACUCGAGAAACGUUUGCUCGAAGAACAAUCACGACGUCGACGCCCGUCUUUCGGGAUUAAUCCCCCUGAUCUUUCCUCGGAAGUUCAAAAACUUAAUCGAAAGAUUACAAAGAUUGAAGGUGACAAUGCGGCAAAGAACAUACUCAUCGACUCACUAGAGAGCGAACUUACAAAAAGUGAAAAGAUCAUUGAUGCAUCAAGCAAGGAAAUUGAAACUUUGAAAAAAGAGAAUAUUGAACUUAUUGAUCAAAUAAAUUAUUUGCGCUCUCGGUUAGAUGAAACGACGGUUGAAUUUGAACAUGAGAAGUCAAAUGUCUACGAAGAAAAGAAGGUUAUCGAGAAUGUUUUGGAAGAGGAGAGAAAGGCGAAACUAGAACUUGAGAAUCGCAUGGAAGAACUUAUGGCGAAGAAAA